GCUCAGACAUUUGUUCAUUGCCGUCUGCAAAGAACUGUGGCCUGCGAACUACAAUGGCCCUGCGGCUUUUUUGGGCGUUUUUGCUUCCUUGCGCCUCUGCCAUGCGGCUGGAGAAUGACAUCAUGAAUGAGGGCACCGAGUGCACGGCGAGAGAGCGGACCUUGCUCUGGCAGCGCCUGGGCAUCGGCAAGGCGUUUGGGAAGCCCUGCAGCCUGGAAUCGGAAUGGGGCAGCUCCAUGGUUUACAACAAUCCGGCUUCGCCCAACACGGUGGCCCUCUUCCUCUACCCAGAAGAGGACCACAACGGUGCCUUUAACAUCUGCGACGAACGCAAGUUCGACCGCGUCCUGUGCACAAGGCUGUUCACUCAGACGGAGCACUACUCAUUGCAGUUUCAUCGUGUCCCAUCCGUGGAGGGGGCCACGCGAGUCGUGGACGGGAUUCCAAGCGAUGUCACCAUCAAGCACCUGGUUCUGGCCGGCCACGGAGAUCCAAACUCCUUGAUGUGGGGUUCCGACGGGCCUGGAAUCACUGGAUCCUUGAGUGUGGAGGAUGAUACUACGGACGGGUUUCUGGACAAGGUCUACAGGCACAUGAUCAAAGGCGGGGACCACAGGAGCACCGUCAUGCUGGAUGCCUGCUUGAACGGCCAGCCCGUCGAUGACAAGAACAUGUUGCAGCACGUAGCCCAUCGCCUGGCCGGCACAAGGGUCUUUGCCUCGACCAUCUCCUGGGGCAACGACCAAUUCUUCUUGGUCAACGGCAAGGAGUUCACCGCGAAAAUCAAGAGCAAGGGCAAGAACCAGAUGAGGACGCUGAGUUUGGAUGACCCGGAGCUGCAGAAGUGGAACUUCUACCCCAACGAAUAUUGCUCCGACAAAUCCCCAUCGCCGACCAUUGAUCAGAGCUUGACCACCUGUCGUGAGGCCUGCGAAAGAGCGGGCAUCCUCUGCAACGCCUUCGUCUUCUACCCGGAUGGAAACGCCAGGGCCCCUCACAAGAAGUGCUACCUGUCACCGCAAUGCGAGGAGACCGACGACUCCAGGCUGGGCUCCAUGAUCUUCGAGAAGUCGGACGAGCACACGUACUAAGCUCCGACCGUGGAUCUGCCCGCAGCGUGCGUCCAGGCCACUGCCAGUCGCCGAAAUCCGCACUCGUUGAGUCUGAGCUCCAAAAUGGCUGAACCAGAGCGUGUCAACAAAGAAGCUGCCGUCCAUUUGAAAUGA